GCCCAUAGAAAUUCCCAGAGCUCGUGCACUUUUUGACCACGGAGACUCCGCCUACAGUUGCAGGUCCGGAACUCGCAUAACUGCUGUGCUCGGGAUCUACCCUUCCUGUAGCCGUCCUGUCCUGUGUGCUCGUGAGCGGAUCGCAGUGGAGAAGCCCCGGGUCAAAUUCAUCUGCCUGCCGGUGAGAAAACCCGAUUUCUGGAGUUUCUCGUCCUGUACAGCCGAUGACGUUCUGUGUACGAAUCUGCGGGAGAGACAGCGAGAAGAGAGAGAGCAAGAGAGACUAGAACUGCUAACUUUAUCGUAGCAGGAGGAGGAUCCGACGGUGUUGUGCCAUACUUGAAGCACUAUGCUGGCAUCAUGUAGGCCGGAUCGAGGUUCAUGAGGAGUCGAGCAUGCUUCGAGUUCGAACCUUCGGGAUUUUGACGCAUUAAAACCUCUGCAUCUUUGUUGCGUGACGUUUGUUUCCCCCCGUGUCCUCCUUCUUCCGCCCCGUUAGGGUCUGCCGGGACGUUCGACAGAAUCAUUCGUUGAUUCAUUGCUGAUUGAGUGUGUGUGCGCAGCACCGUCCCGCUUCUACCUUUAUUUCCUAUUUGAUGCUUUUUGGUUUGUUAGGUUUGGAAUUUCGGCUCUGGUUUUGAUUCACGACCGCCGGUAUCUGAGGCACCUCGAGCAACAUUCGGCCGGGAAAGCUGGUGCCGUCGUGAGCGAACGUUGACUCUUCAUUCUGGUUCACAUUCGCAGACAGCAUCCCUUAUACCGAAGGCACAGGGAUGACAUGGUUAGAUGACUACUGGCCCUCGUGGCACUCGGAUGACAGUAGCGCAGCCCCGAAAGUGGAGUUCAAUGGAACCAAGAUUUCAGAUUCUGUGUACGACUUGCGACCGAUGGCAGAGCAGGUGGAAGACUGGGAUGUAGAACUUGUUUUCUUUCAUGGUCUACUUCUAGAACAGAACAAGCUGGACGAGGCCUAUUUCAGAACAUGGGUGACCAACACGAUAGAGCCACAAUGCUGGCCAGCAACGAUUCUCACAAAAGAUUUUCCAAAGGCUCGAGUGCUGUCGGUCAAUCUCGAUGGAGCUGUAAAGAAGGCGGCCCCGACAGGCCGAAACGACAUGGACAAUGUGGUGGAGAUCCUUGUGGCAGAGCUGAUAAGGAAUACCAGACCUUUUGGUGCGGGCAUCGGACAAACGGGAACGCCCGUAAUCUUCGUGACCCAUUGUUUGGGCGCGCUCGUAGCUCAGAAGCUCAUCAUGGAAGUGGACAAGCAGAUAACUCAACGAGGUGAUUUGAAGCUGAAAUCUUUUUGGGACAAUCUUGGAGGGGUCGUCUACUAUUCGCCGCCCUUCUACGGAUCAGAACAGUUUAUGAAAGCCACAAAUUCUAUCAAAUCGAAAGGCCCACUUGUAUCUUUCAUGGAUGUCCUUUGCAAAGACAAUGCCAAAAUCGUACAGACCUUUGAUGAACUUUUGACCUCUGAAAGGUUCAGCCCGAGCCCACGCAAAUUGGUCAUAAAUGAAUGCGAUGAAACCAACAAGGGUGGUUUCAAUGGCCAGGUUUCCGAGGAGGCUGCAGCAAGAACAGGAGAAUUUGUGACCGUGGAAGGUGACCACUACACCGUCUGUCAGCCAGAGGAUGAGACAAGCUUGAAGUAUCAGCACCUGGCCAGCUUCGCUCAAGAAAUCGUGCAACAGUACGUUGCUAGACACAGGCCACUCGCCCUUUCUAUGGGAGGAGCUCCAGGACCGUCUUCGUUGAUAAGCCAGCCAGUAGAGGCUGUGGCGAAUGCUGCAAACGAGACUCAGCAGAUACAGACCAAAAGCAAAACUUCUCUCGAGGAUCAAGUUAAGUCCUCCCAAACCGCUGAUGGUCAGGCACUUUUUAAAUCAGCUUCAAAGCUGGAGAUUGGAGACAAACUGCAAAACGAAGGAGCCAAAAGGUCUGGGUUGGCUGCUCAAGGUAGAAGGCUGUCGGACCUCACAUUCUUUGACCGCUAUGAUUGAGAUUCUUUUUGUGAUUACAGCCACUGAUCGUCACACCUUGCCUUCAAUUCUGUCAAUAUGGUUCAAUUUAACAUUUGUAUCCCUCUCCCCUUUCGUAACUGUCUAUAUGAUGCACAUAUACAUGUAGAGAUUCUUUCUGUGAAAAUGUGACCAACUUAUUUGUAGAUCCCUCUUCGCUCCACCCUGUGGCCCACUAAACUUUUGUGUAUUAUCUAUUCCAACAUCAGCUAGACUUGUGGGUCAUUGCGGGCCUGCAAAAGGCUUGUCCCGAGGGCCUAUUUACUGUCAUGGUCAAACUGCCCUUAUAUGAAAAAGCCUGCGAUCUUCGCUGGGCCUGGUGUCAAGAUCAUACAAAUUGCUCUU